AUCGAACGCACCCAUUGUAGUGUUUUGUGACUUGCCAAAAUGCACGCGCGGGUCAAGGUUAAGAAGGUGCGUGUGAGUGCGGCGCUUCUGCAGAUACCGGAGGAUCAAUUGGCGUUUAUUAAUGACGCGAACGACGCCGGCGUGGUCCUGUUCUCUCUCGGUACCCACGUGAAUGAGAUGGAGGUGACACGUGCCGAGAUGCUCGCGCGGAGCCUGGCCAAGCUACCUCAGCGAGUGGUAUGGCAUUUCCCUGGUGACACGUCAAAGCUCCCCCUAGGCAACAACACCAAGGUUGUGCAGUGGAUGCCAAUGCAGAAGAUAAUGGCCCACCCAAACGUGAAGGCGGUGUUGUGUCAUGGUGGCUCCGGUAUGCUUCACGAGGCGAUUUGGUUUGGUCUACCUGUUGUUGGUAUCCCACUGUUUGGCGACCAGUUCGACAACAUUGGCCGUGCGAUGUGUAAGGGCAUAGCUGUUUCGUUGGAUUUGUUCGACAUGACAGAAGAAAGUCUCCAUCAUGCAGUCAACCGCGUCAUAGACGAUCCAAGCUUUCGAAGAAAGGUGGCGAAGCUUUCGGGAAUUCUCCACGACGAACCUCUGAUCCCCACCGAUAAGGCUGCCCACUGGAUCAGCCAUGUGACCAGGUUUGGUGGGGGACACCUGCAACCUCGAGGCGCCCGCCUUGGCUUUGUCGAGAGAAACCUGCUAGAUGUGGGGGUAGUUCUAGCGGCCGCUGGUUGCUUUGCGUUGUGGCUGGGUGCAUGGAUAUGCCGAAAAUCCGGCAGUAUGGCUGUUUGCUUUUGUUCAAAACUGUUCAAAAGGCUGAAAAGUUGGGAAAGGGUUUAAACUCGUCUUAAUGAAGAACAAUAAACCGUUCACGCAAGUAGCCAUAUUUCACGUUCUAUUGAGGCCUAUAUGAUUAAAUAGUUAAGAAUUUGUUUUUAAAUUAUCUUUAAAAAGUGUUGACAUGCAGGGUAUAAACUGUCAUGUAGUCAUACGAAUAUGUUAUCUGUUUUGUUUUUAAUUACCAUUGAAUUUUUUCAANAG